UUGCUCUGUUUCCCAGGCUGGAGUGCAGUGGCACAAUCAAAGCUUACUGCAGCCUUGAAUUCUCAGGCUCCAGCAGCUCUCCUGCCUCAGCCUUCCAGGUAGCUAGGACCACAGGCACACAUCGCUAUGCCUAGCUAGUUUUUUAAAAAUUUUUUGUAGAGAUGGGUAGCUCGCUUUGUUGCCCGGGCUGGUUGAACUACUGAGCUCAGGUGAUCCUCUUGCAUUGGGCUUCCAAAGUGUUGGGACUACAGGUGGGAGCCACAGUGCCUGGACUGAUUCAUGAUGAAAGUGUGAUUACCAUAAAUGCUGCAAAGAUGCAUUGGAGGUUAAAGAGAUCACAACAAAAAAACCAGAUUUCCUUUGGGUUUUGGGAAGACUUCCUGGAGAAAUAGCACAGAGGCUGAGCUUGACGUAGAGAGGGAAAUGGCAUGGUGCAUUUCAUGUGCUGAGGAAAGAGAAGGUGGCUGGAAUGCAGAGAGUGAAGGGGACAGAGGGGAGAGGUGAGGCCACAGUUGCAUUGGGGGGGAUAAAAAUUCCUAUCCUAGGAGGAUUGGGGAACCCAUCUGUUUAAGAGUUUAAGGGAUGAGAAAUGAUCAGGUUUGCGUUUUGAAAAUAUCUCUGGGAGUCUACAUGGAGAGUGGCUGUGGGUACCCCAGGUAGCUAUGGGGGAAUCAGAUCGUUGCAGCGAUCUGCUUGAGGAAGGAUGGCUGCUUGGUUGAGUUCUUGGAGGUGGUGAUGGAGACCAGCAGAUGGGUUUGGGAUGCAUCUGAGAAUUGGAGCAUCAGCUUGGUAGUUGGUUAGCUGAGGAGUAGGAAGUGUUAAAGGUGAGAGGCAAAUUUGAUUUCUCAUUGGUGUGGGCAGAGCCCCCAACCCCCACCUCCUGAGAUUGGGAGUGUUGGCCCAUGAAGGAGACAGGGCAGGUGUGACUGGCUCAGGGGGUUGAGUGUAGCCCCUUGGCUGGAGAUUGGCCUACUCUUAAUGAUGGGCCCCUAUUGGUAAACUUGUUUUUGAGCUUGCACUGUGUAGGUAUUUAUUUAUAAAUGAUAUAUAUAUAUAUAUAUACUUCUGUACUAAAAUAGCAUCCUCCUAAUCAGGCAAAUAAUUAAAAACAAAAUAGGAUGAGAAAAAAAGCUAAGCACCCAUAAAAAUUUUCAUCUUUUUUUUCCCAAACUUUACCAUGGGGACCAUUGCUUUAGGCCAUGGGGAGCCCUUAAUGAGUUUUAGGGUGGCGAUGGCCAGUCAGAUGGGUGUUGGGGAAAGAGCACUCUGCAAUCCAGGGUCUCUCCGGUGAGUUCUGCCCAGGCCAGGGACCCAAGGGAGAGGUGCCCAUGCAGUCUUGUCAUGUGUGGCCUGGUAAGUCAGGGACGUGAAAUUGUGGCAUAAUUACUAUCCCCCCAGAAGUGAUAUUGGCAAUAUCGUAACAGGUGUGUGAGGGCUUAUUGGUGUUUGAUGUUUGCUAGUUUGUGUGUGCUCAACCCACGGGAAGAAGUGGCAAGGCCUGCUCCCCUGUGGUCCAGCAGGUUCCUGUCUAGAGGACUGAAGGCUGUACUUAGCCAGGGAGAGCCAGAUCUGUAGAGAGCAUCAUGUGGGGAUACAGUGCCCGUUCUCAGCACCUCCACUACUUGCAAUGCCAUCAGCAGCCAAUUCUGAGCCCGUGUGGGCUACUCUUCUCCUUUUUUCUGGUGGAUUGAUAAUAAUACUUCCCUACUGAACUCCAAAGACUGAAAAUGAUGCAAAGUGAAUUGUUUCUAUCUUUGAAAUCCAAACGUUUCUCUUCGUUCACUCUCCAAAUCCCUUCUAGCAAAUUGGUAUCGCCGCUCUCCCUCCGUCCCUGGGUUCUCGGAGGCUAAUUCCGUUCCAGCUCGCUCCAUUUAGCUCUUUCUUCGAGCAGAACCCAAGCUAGAAUCCUGCCUUCCAGAGAAUGCUUUAAAAAGCCUUGUUUCCCAAUAUACUGCGUUUCAGUUUUCCACGAGUGCAGCCGUGCUUGGGAGAGGCGUACGAGCUGCUUUUACAUGUGAGAGGUGAGCAAAUCAAAGGUGAGCCCGUUCUGCCUCAGUGAGGCCUUUUGUGUAAAAAGGACCUUCUGGAGUAAAGCAAUCAGGCUGACUGACAACUGCCGAGGCACAGUGCUGCUCUGUGGGAUAACUUGGAGAAAAAUCAGGGCCAAAACAGACAAAAGGAUGUCCAGAAACUGGAGGUGGGGAAGCCUGAGUGAGAUCAAACAGCCUGAAAAUGUGUCUUCCAUCCAUUUAGGACUUUGCGGGGACUGAGGUUGGCGGGGCUGGCUGAGGAUGUCAACAUUUUAAAUUUGUCGCUUUGACUUCCCGAGCUUUAUCUCCCAUGAGAUCAAAGCGGAGAGACUAGGAGUUGUCACUGCCGGCUUCAGUUUCAGGCUAUGCUGGGGUACCCUUGCUUUAUGACCUUGGAGUUUCUUGUCUUUGCUUGGGGUGACGGGUUCAUUUCAGACAAGAAGUGACAUGUAUGUUGUGGUCUUUUAUUCAGAGUGGGAGCUCUUAAAAAGACUGGGAAGCAGCUUGGAGGGCCAGUCCCGUAUUUUCCAAGGAUUCCGGAAUCCAGGAAUCCAGAAGUUUCUAUUUGUUAGCCUUGCUGCUCCUCCAAGGAGCCAUCCUGAGGCAGUUUAGUCCUGCAUGGAGAGACAAGGCACGGGCCUGAAGAAUUCCUGCCCCCUGCUGUAUAAUAAAUCUGAUACUAAAAUUAGUGCUGGCCUCUCGAGCCAUUAUUCGUACUGAGAUGAUAAAGGAGUGUGUGUGUGGCAGGCUUGGCUUUCAGGAUUGGAGGAGGUUGCUUUAUGUCAGAUAAGUGCCCUGGCCUCGAGAUCAUUAUCUUAUGGCAGUCUCUCCCCCGUUCCCCUGCUUCCUCUCCUCCUUCUUCUGUUUUGUUAGGGGUAGGAGUAGGUAGGGGUGGAUAGAGGAGAAAUAUUUUAGCUUGUCUUUUGGUUUUGUGUAAGUCUCUGUCACCGUAGGUAGAUGUUCCUUGAGAAUCUUUCUGAAGGUUUUAUAAUUGAGUCUUUUACCUCCGCGACAAGAUGUUAUUCACUUUCUCUAAAGCAUUUACUUUAUGCUCGGGGUGGGGAGGGGCAAGACUUGUUUUUUCAGGGAAAUAUGUCUUUAGGAGAGACUUGCUCUCAGGGCAGCUCAGUGGCCAGCUUAUGACUCUAAUCACUGAGGCGGGAUCUGGGCCCCUCGCUGAAUGGCCGUCCUCUGGCAGGGCGAUUUUGCUUUUAAAAUAACCAUGUUCACAUUUAACAGCAAACGGCUGUGACGAGAGUUGUAUUUAAUUUCAAAUUGCCCAUGUCCAGUAACCCCCUGUACCUCUUUAAACAAUCAAAUGUUUUUAAUCUUCCCGCAGCUGUGUUCUCUGUGUGGGGGCUUGGCAUUUUUGGAAGAGGAGGGGGCUUCUGUGCCUCCUCUCCACUCCCUUUCUUUUCCCUUUCAAACUCACUGGGACUUCGUGAAUUUGCUAUUUUGCUAAUGGGGGAAUCUGGCCAGUAAAGUCUCAGAGUGAGUGCUGGGAAGUUUCUAAGCAGAGGCCGGGCUGGGUCAGUCAGUAAUGUCAGCCCCCGGGGCUGAAGUGCUUCCUUUGUGGGCAGAACCCAGAGGCCCUUUGUAACUCUGACCCAUUAAAGAGUCCAUAACUUUUUCUCCCCAUUCCCUGCCUCCAGCUUCAGGGGGGGCUUGAUUUGUCUGUUAUAAUCAGAAACAGAUUUUGGGCUCCUGAUCCAUUAUAGAUGUGUUUGAGAUGGAUGCCAAACCUGAAGCCACUUGAGGAGCAUGUGAAAAUGUGUGUAGAUACAAAGGAAAGAAAGGAAGAGAGAGGACGAGGAAAGAAAUAGCCACUUCCAAAUCCCCCAAACCAGAAACAAUCCUGAAAUGAUAACACAUGGGAAAAAAAAUCUCCAUCCAGGCCCUGAGAAAGCAUGGGAGGAGAAAAUUUGGCUCCAAAGUCAGCCAAGUUGGUGCUUCGUCUGGGAUGAACAGCCCAGUGAAGGAGGUUGAAGGAGUCGGAAGACGCACGUGCGCUCCCAGAAGUGUUUCAGGUGGGGCCUCCCGGGUCCAGGGGCACAUGUAUCUCAGGCUCGGAGCUGAGGGUAGCAGGUGGGUGAGGACGCAGAGGGAGCACUCACGUUGUGCCCAGCAGGCCUGUGUUUCUAUCCAGAAGACCCUUGGGUUAGGAAAUAUUGAUUGCUUUGUAUUUGUAAACAAUCUUUAAGGGAUCCAGGGCCAACACAAAUAGCCAACUUCAGGGGAGUAAGUGUCCUCUCAAUAGGGAAGCCCAUUGCUCUGAUUUUCUGGAUCGACAUGGCCCCAGAUUUAUUUUCCUUUUUAAUUCCCAAAAGGGGCCCGCUGUGUUGAGCAUUGCCCAAGUAUUGGUUUCUUUUCAUCCCUGUUGAAUUUUUUUCCCCUCUUUAAUAAAAGAGUCAGCUGAGUUGGCUGUGCUGGGUCCUCCACCCAGUGGUGGUUGUCCUGGGGACGCCUGGCUGCAGGGUUUCAAAGGUGGCCCUCAUUUCAGCUGUCCUUGAGGCUCACUCCUGUGUUCCCCCCACCCCGCCUUUCACCCCGCACCCGCCACCUCCCAGAACGUUUGCAGUGCAGCUGCUGGCCCAGAACUCAAACUGAUGUGUCUCUCACUCCAAACAAAAAAUAAACCUGUGUGCUUUAUGUAUGUGUUUUAGAGGUGUGCCUGUGUCUUUUUUCUCUUGACAAGUUCAUUCCCUGCAGCUGUGCAGUCACAGCGCACUUUGAAAUCUGCAGCAUAUAUAUAUAUUUUUAAGUGAGUAAGUAUGAAGAGAUGGGGAAAUGUGGUUUGACUGUAAUCCCACAUAAAACACUCUGACCCCGAUUUUUUAAAAAGUAUUUCAUUAAAAUACUGUAGGAGACUGUUACCGAGAAGAAUAAAGUUUCCGAGUUGAUGGGAUUCUUGUGUCUCCUAGUGUAGGGUUGAUUUUCUUUUUACUUUUUUUGGUGGUUACUAUGGAGAUGAGAAGCUUGGGGCCUAAUGGUGUUGUCUGCCCCCAAGGCAGGAGGGCUCGUUGGCACAGGUAGCCUCUGGAUCAACCUCAGCCUCAUCUGCUGGGGAUGGGAGUUUAGUUGGCCAGGGGUUUAUCCUGUGCCCUCAUCAGCUAGAAUUAAAAUGACCUUUUUUUUUUUUUUACCUGGGAAGAAACGUUGGUAACAAUUUCUCAAAACUAUGGAGCUCAGCAGUGAUUAGUUUUCAGAUUUUCUCUUUCUUUAACCCCUCCCCUUUCUGGAAGCCUUGUAGGAGGAAAGGGGCGGUUCUUCUGUGCGUAGAUUGGCUUCGGGUUUCUUAGAAUUUUCUUCUUUUCACCUUAAAAAAAAUUGUUUGCAUCCCUCCUCUUAGAUAAGCAUCCAUCAACAUCCCUGUUAGAGCCCAGUGCAGAGGGUACCCUGAGGCACAUACAUUUCAAGGUUAGAUAGCAACAGACUUUCAGAGUAGCCAGUGUUUCAGGGGAGGGAGGGUUCUUCGGGUUCAAGGUUACCCAUUUUUCCCCCUGCUAGGAAGAAAGCCUUUUUGUUUUCUUUUGCCGACUUCUUCCAAUAGCUUCGAGCAAAUAGAUUAGCAACCCAGCAGAAACCAAACCAGGGAACAAGUAAAGGGGAAGUCGCAGAGGGCCCUAGGCUGGGGGCUGGCUGCCGCCGAGUAGGCCAGCUUGCGGUUUUCCCUUUUCACGUUGAACUGCAUUGUCUCAGGGUUCGCUGGUAUUCACAAAAUCAGAAAGGAAGGUGGGUGGGAGGGGGCAUUUUUCAGGAGAGGCUGGGGUGCCGGGAAAGUAUGCCCAGCUGUGUGUUAUUAGCAGGCUUCAAAUAAAGUUUCUGGAAGGUUCGGGCCCCUACGGUCAUGUCUGGGAAGCUUCUGUGUUCUUAGUAGGUGUUUUGAAAUCCGUGGGAUGAAACUGAACGUUUAAAAACAGUUACAGGAACAUCUCCCCAAAUAGGGAUUCCUGAGAAUUUCUGUGUACGUGGAACUCUAUUUUCCUAUCAAGCAUCAUUAUAUUUUUAGAAGUGUUUUCUUUUCUUGCCCGUCAGCCGAGCCUCCUACCACUCACUUUCUGUUGUGUAGUUCUGAUUUUCUGAAUAGAUGUUUGGAUGAUGAGGGGUUAUGUUAUGUUAAAAAAUGCUAAAGAAUAUGCCUUAUCACGUGAAUCAAUACCUUUUUAUUCAACAUGGAUGGAGUGGGAGUGGAGACCCAGUCUGUUUUAUGUAACUACGAUCUGACGGCGAUGGUCACAAGAACAAAGAAAAUAUUCGUAGGCGGAUUAUCUGCGAACACAGUAGUGGAAGAUGUAAAGCAAUAUUUCGAGCAGUUUGGCAAGGUGGAAGAUGCAAUGCUGAUGUUUGAUAAAACCACCAACAGGCACAGAGGGUUUGGCUUUGUCACUUUUGAGAAUGAAGAUGUUGUGGAGAAAGUCUGUGAAAUUCAUUUCCAUGAAAUCAAUAAUAAAAUGGUAGAAUGUAAGAAAGCUCAGCCGAAAGAAGUCAUGUUCCCACCUGGGACAAGAGGCCGGGCCCGGGGACUGCCUUAUACCAUGGACGCGUUCAUGCUUGGCAUGGGGAUGCUAGGAUACCCCAACUUCGUGGCAACCUAUGGCCGCGGCUACCCCGGAUUUGCUCCUAGCUAUGGCUAUCAGUUCCCAGCCCUAUUACCAUAUUUAAAUGCAAGCUUCCCGGCAGCGGCUUAUGGACCAGUGGCAGCAGCGGCAGUGGCGGCGGCCAGAGGAUCAGUCCUGAAUAGCUACAGUGCUCAACCGAAUUUUGGCGCGCCCGCUUCCCCGGCAGGCUCCAACCCGGCGCGGCCCGGAGGCUUCCCGGGGGCCAACAGCCCAGGACCUGUCGCCGAUCUCUACGGCCCUGCCAGCCAGGACUCCGGAGUGGGGAAUUACAUAAGUGCGGCCAGCCCACAGCCGGGCUCGGGGUUCGGCCACGGCAUAGCUGGACCUUUGAUUGCAACGGCCUUUACAAAUGGAUACCAUUGAGCAGGUGCUUUCGUUGCCAUCUCACUCUGAGAGCAUACCUGGAUGUCCAGGCAAGACUGGGCGAAGUUUCUGAGUGGCCCUUUGUUUAGGUGAUGUCCGCAGACCUGGACCCCCACCAGCCUCACUCCCCAUCCCAACCAGAGAUGGUUCACUUCGGAUCGAGGGUUGACUACAUCUCAUCAUCUCAUGAAUCUGCUGUGAUAUAAGCCAACAGCUUUUAAAUGUGUAUAUAACCCAUGAUUUUGGUUUUGUUCUGUUUUGUUUUUCUUGGUGGUCUCCCUCUCCCUUCCUCUCUUCCCAUUCUCCUUUUAAAUCUCUUUGAAUCACAUUUGGUAGUGAUUUUGACUUAGUCCAGUAGUCACAUAGCUUUAAUAUCUAGUUCAAAGCUAACCAUAGUAUAAUUGUUAUAUUAAGGAGUUAUUUUUUUUCUUAAAAAAUUUAUUUUGCUUGUUUUGGUUCUGUUCUCACUUUUAAAGGAUGCUGAGAUGGUAAUAUUACUCUCCAUAUUUUGGUACCAAUUCUGAGACUGUAUGAAUUUUCAGGUGGAACUUUAGCACACACUGAAGCAAAGUUGUAAAGUGCGGGGCGGGAGGUGGGCAUGAGUUUUCUAUUUUGCGUUGUAGGAGAAGUGAGAUGUAGUGAGCUAAUUAACAGACUCUCUAGCAGUUCUUUUUGUGAUGUCUCUUUGUUAAUCUGAGUAUAUCUAUUUUCGGCAAUAAGGUAAGGACGACAGUGUUUUGAGUGUCCUCCUUUUCUAUAAGUGCUUUUUUUCUGUUGAAAGAGGUGAUAUUAUAAGGUUUUUUGAAAUUGUGAAUUCUAAAAAGAAAUGUUGUAAAUACAAUUCCAUUAACUACAUAGAAACUAUUAAGAAAGAGAGAAUCAAAAAUAUUUUUGUGAGGGAGUCGGUCCCAGGCAGUUUGAUGCUCUGUGGAAGGAGGCGGGAAGGGAAUGUUGGCCAAGUCAGUUACUGAGAUGAAGAACGCCCAGCUGCCAGGACCACCCCAGGACAAGUUAGAGCACUGUUUAGCUCCUUUGUCUGUGUGAUAGACCUAAGAACUGUAUUAGUGUCGUACCAGCCUAUUAACCUCUCGUCUGUGCACAGCUUCAAAUGUUACUGUCUAGUUAGAUUUUUAUUUAAAAUAUGAAAAACUGCUUUUCCCAAGACGUUUUUUAAAAACAAAGCUACAAUUUUAAUAUUUAACAUAUUUAAAGUUUCAAAGCACACCUGUUUGGCUUGGGUGGGGGUGGGGUGGGGGGGGCAUCCUUUUUCAGUCUUAAUUUUUAAAUAUUUGAUCAUUUUCUAUUGUCCAAUCAUUUCAGCACCUCCAAAGGUCCCUAGGACACUUUGCCUCUCUUCUCCCCCUGCCCCCCACCCCGCUCCCAGAUAUGGGCGCCCAUGGGCCAGGAGUGGAUAAGCCUGCAUUAAUAUAACCUUUCUCCAUUCACUUUCUAUUUACAAAUUAGGAAGGUAACCUUUUGGUUUAUAUAUUUUUUUUAAUACCUCAGUGCUGCAAGUAUCACCAGAGAGGCUAUGGAAGAAUUUUUUUUUAAUUUAUUGUAGAUGUAAACAGAAUUUUAAAAAUAAAAAGUAUAAACAUCACUGCACUGUGACUGGUGGGAAAAACUGACAGUUUCCUCUUUGCACAUGUUUAGCAUUUGGCUGUUAUAAUAUAUGGUCCUCGGUUGGGGAAAGAUACUUAUGAUGAAGGAUAUUUUUUAAUUUAACUUUUUUUUAAAUAUUGGUAAUAGGUCGGCAACAGCAACUAUAGAAGUACAACUCAAUAGAUGGCAUUAAAACAUAUUGUAGUGUGGAUAUAUAUUUUUCUUUUUUAAAAUGUGAUAUUGACGUUUUAUUAAUAUUUUUUAAAUUGUUACGUUUAUAAAUUUGGUACUUAAGGCACAGCCAGUAUGAGACACUGAAUGCGACAUUUAUUAUAAAGAGCUGCUGCACUCCUAUUUUUAUAAAUUUUACUAACAAAGUAGACUAAUGUAGACAUUCACAGACAUGGUAGGGCAAAAGCAUCUUCAAACUAAAGACUUCAAAAUGCUAACUCAGAAAGAAAGAAAAAAAGCCUUUUUCAAUUCUAAUGAAACAGCAACAACAUUUUUUUUAAUUAAAAAAAUAAUCAUGUUCUUCGUUUUCCUAAUAAAAUGUUAGGUUGUUUGGUGAGGUUUUUUUUUUUGCCGUUUUUUUUCCUUUGUGUGUUUCUUUUCUUUUCCCCCAAACAACCAGAUUAAGUAAAAUGCUGAGCGCUUUUAAAAUAUCAAAACUUGUUCAAGUCAUAAAACAACAAAACAGAAGUUUUAUUUAAAAUUUUUAAAAAAAAAGAAAAAAAUAGUAAAUUCCCAGAAAUUCAGUGUUUAGACUAGGGAAUUUGAUUCCUGUUUUGUCCAUGUUGGUGAUGUACUGUACUUCCCUUCCUUUUCUCUGCAUCCCCGGUCACCUCAUAGAAGACUCUUUGUUGAUCAUUGUAUGUUAAUAAUGUAUAAAAUGGCUAUCUUGUAAGCGUGCUGUCCUGGUACUAGUGUAGCGACUUUUUUUCUCCUCUUUCUUCUAGUACAUAUUGAUAGGUAUAACACAAUUAAGGUUUAAAAAAAUUAGACAUAGUUAUUCAGAUUUAGGACCAGUAAGGAUAGAACUUUCUCUUAUUUAUGAAAAACAAAAAAUCCUAAUAAUUUUGGGGCAGUUUUUUCCUUUAAUUGUUUUUCUUUCAAUUUCAAGUUUAAUUUUGUUUUAGCUGAUCUGAUGUGGUUUCAACUAACCCACGGUCUCACCAUGUUAGAAUGCCGGCGGACUCUACGGCAUUUUGUAGAUCCCCCCCACUGUGAAGGGGUGCCAUACUACCUUAAAUGCUAAUGCUAGAUAUGCAAAACUGGAUUUUUUUAAUUUAUUUUUUAAAAGAGGGAGGCAUGGUAUAUUAAAAUGAUUUUACUAAGAGAAAAAAUAUUUUUUUAAGAAUGCUCAGAAGAAAUUGAUAAUCUGUGUGAAUAUGUUUUAGAUGUUUAUAUACCUUUUGAAGAGACCCAGUAGCCCAUAGCACAAAUCUUGUGGAAAUCCGAUAUGUUUUAAUGUGGCUACCUAGGUUAAGGUUCACGUUAGUCCCCCCAUCCAUCUAGAAGUCCAUUUUGAAAGAUUUUUGUAAAUUCUUUUAGCACUGAUGUUCAGCCUUGUCUUUGUUUCAGUUAAGCUCAGUGGCGAACAUGGGAACCACCUUUCGCCUUCCCUGGGAUAGAAACCCUCUUGGCUGAUGGCUUUUCCCCGGAGUUAUCAAACAGCCACCGGGUGACUUUCUGGCUUCCAGAUCCAUCUGCCUGAGACCCCCGAACUCCUCCCCUCCCAAGCAGAGGAGAGUGAGUGGCAUUAGCUCCCAGACCCCAUUCCUGGUUCCACCUGGGCAUGGGGCUGAUGGAGAUGACCAAGUCUUGGUCUGCUCUCUAGGAGCUCCCACGGACUUGGCUCGUGGCCUUCCUCACACCCAUUGGGAAAACCAAACAGCCUCACGCUCUAUCCCAGUCGCCCAUUAGCUUGAUUCAAAUGAAGCCCCAACAGGCCUUUGCGUUUUUAUCCUUCAUAACCUUCAUCUUAAUUUGAACUUGUAGCUUGGACUUUAAGGUAGCAUGGCUCUAUUGCUGUCAAUUUACUGUUUCACUGCACAGCAAUCACAGCCAGUGAAUGUUACACACAUCUUGCUAGACUAGUAUAAAAAUCAUUGGGUAAUUGUUGGUUCUAAUGACCUGAAAGGUGUUCAGUUUUUGUUCUUGGUUUUGUUUUGUUUUUGAUUUCUUGGGGGCGGGUUUUGCUUGUUGUUCUUUUUCAUUUGGGGAUUUUUUUGGGGAAAAAAUGUAUUUUUGGUUCCAAAUAGAAAAACGAAACCUAUUUUGAUCUUUAGUGCAAACGAGGGCUAGGGACUUAGCCUCCACCACCACCACCACCACCACACUGCUUCAUUCUGCCAUUCACUCACUGCAGCAUAUUCAAGAAUCAAGCAAUAUAGUUUACUACAUUUUUUAUUGAAGGUCAGCCAUGCUUUCUGUAUUAUAUUGCAUAUGAAAUUGUUUACAAAAGAAACACUAACUCAUACUUCUCUUUAUCGGUUGCAAGUGGCACACAGGGACAGGGAGAGUGGGGGUUGGUGGGGGAGGGGAGAUUUUUUUUUUCUCUUCAAUGUGCUUCACAAGCCAGGCUAUCUUCCAAGGGAGGCAGACAGUGGGUAGAGCAGAGGGACUGACUGCAGGCAAGCACAUUGAAGAGAGACACUGGCAGGUUUCCCCACCCUCACCCCAAAGCAGAAAACUAGCAGAUGUCAGCUCAGCCCCAUCCUGGGCACAGACACUACACAAGGAGACGCUGGAAGUUAAGCAAUACUUUAAUACUGUAAUAUGUUUGUUUUCUUUUUCUUUCUUUUUUUUUCCACCAAAAAAAAGUAAGUAAACUAAAACACAAAAACAUAUAAAUAAAAUCCACCCCUUCUGUCGGGGGCAAGGGGGGCAACCUUAAUCCGAACACCUGGCUAUCAAAUAAUCAGAAUGUAUUGUCUCAGACAGGAUUUCAGUUCCGGGAGGCAGGGGCGUGAUGGGGGAGGGGGCUGGAGGCUGAGAGACAAAAGUUCCAGAGCCUCCCUCGAAGGUUCUCUACUACUGUAUUCUGUACAUAAUGUACCAUCCCGUGUGGAAUCUGUGAGUGUCCUCUUAAGUAGCGUGGGCUAGCCAAUCUGCCGUUCAUGGUGUAUUGUAAACUCCGAAUUCCAUAUGUAAUAGGAUGCAAGUCUAAGCGUUUCAUGUGGACAUAAAUGUAUCUAAAUAAAACUUUCCCUAGCACUGUGGCUGACCUCACCCUUACUUUUAUACUUUAGUAUGAAACUGAUGAGAACUUUGGUAGUGAGUAUUUUUUUUAUAUAUAUACAUAUAUAUGUAUCUAUCUAUAUAUAUAUAUAUCUCAAGCAUCUUUCAGGUCUUUGUGUGUGGCUUUCUUAAAGCCCUGUUGUAAAAAAUUACUAUGUGGAUGGCAGUCUCUCACAUCACAGAUGUGGAAAGUAUAAUUUUAUAUUUGUAUUUUCAAAUAAAUAAGUUUGUGAAAGGUUUCCAUCCUCUACUGUGGUCCAGAAAUCAAUGUGUUUGUCUGACAAAAAAAAAAAAUAAAAUAAAAUAAACUGUUUUGAA